AUGAAAGCAGUGCCUGAGAUCUCUGCCCUCGUCGAGGCCCUCGUCACUCGUUUCGCAGGGACCAAGGACCGCGGAAGCUUGGCCCGCGCAUUGUCGAACUCGGCGAAAUUGCGUUCAGCCUUCUCUGCGGAAAUCAUGAAGGAUUUGAACGUGAUCCAGGAGUUGUGCGGGGCCUCGACUUCGUCCGCGGCCGCGUCCUCGUCUUGGUCCUUCGCCGCGCAGAGAUGGGACAGCAUGUUGCAGGUUCUGUGCCUGUGCAGCAUGCGGAUUUCUGAGAUCCUUGACUUUCUCUGCAAAACUGCUCGCAGCAAGCUCGACAAGGAGAAUGCUGCCUGGGCGAAGCGCAUGCUGGACUUCUUCACCUUGGAGAACAUCGUGCACAUGGCCCUCGUCACCGAGUUCCUGGAGGCCUGCAAGCCAUAUGUCCACAAGAUGGACAACAAGGGCGGGAGCGUGAAGUCCAGCUCAGCUUCGCGGCAGUGCUCCCGGCCCUCGAGGAUCAGCCAGCAUGGUAUGGCUGCAGCCAGUCUUCGAGACAAGUUGGCACAGCUGUUCUCGUUUCAGUACAAGGGUCAGCCACACCGUCCUCUCGUCCUCGAUGCCCGCUUCACAGCUGGGUACUUGCAGAUUGUGACAGCCGCCCUCGGCCUAGGCAAGCGAACCUUCUCCGUCAUCGAGAGCGGAGAACUGAUUUAUCGUCUUCCAGGUGAGGGCGUGGACAUGGACAAAAUUACAGCAAAGUGCCUGGGGCCAGUCUGGUGUGCAAGAGAUCUAUUCUUGGAAGGCGUAAUGACUGAGAACGAAAGUGCCCUCGCUUCUUCGUUCUCCGCCUUCGACCUCGCCUAUUGGCAGAGCCAGCAUCGAGAUGACGAAGCCCUGUGGCCUGUUGUCUUGAAGCCCUUGGCAGAUGCCCUCGCCCUCGAUGCACAGAAGUUAUCCGAUGAUAUGGUUGUGGCCCGACCUACCGUCCGCGCCCUCUUGAAGUUCUGGCAGGGAGUGGUUGACCCCGAGGUCUACUGGGGACAAGUAGUCAUGCACUGGGGCAAGAAGCGGCUCCCUGCCCUCGCCCUCGCCGCCACUCAGCGGCUAAUUAUUCAUCCUGCAUGA